GAUCCACCCAUUGGGCUCAAGCACAUAUUUCAUUGCAACAAUUUUCUGCCAAAGGUGAUCUUUCUCAGUCAUAAAUCUUCAAAACCAUUUUCCAAGAAGGGCUUCAUUGAAGAUGUAACGGGACUUUAAACCCAAGCAUAGUAGUUAAAAGCGCGCCUCAGGCCCAAGGCGCAGUGAGGCGAUGAGUUCGCCGCCUCAUAUCAGGUGAGGCGAGGCGACCUGCAAGAGGCGAGACGAGGCGCAGUGAAGCGCGAGGCGCAGUGAGGCGCGCCUUGUGUAUUUUUAAGCCAUUUAAAGGAGACAAACGAACAGAGCCCUAGCCCCUUUCGACCCUUCGAAGCCCUUCGUGAGUUCGUUUGCGAGCCUUUGAACCAGCCGGAAGCCUUCGCGACUUCGUCUUCGAGCUUCGACCAGGAUCGUGAGUUCAUCUUCGACAUUUUGAAGAAGCACGACCUGCGCAACUUCGUUUCGAACCAGCCGGAGCCCUCGCGAGUUCGUCUGCCUGCCUUCGAAGCAGUCGUGAGUUCGUCUGACUGCCUUCGAGCACGACGUGAGUUCGUCACGUCGCCUUCAACACUUCGAACCUUUGUAAGUCUUCUUCUUCUUCUUCUUCUUCUUCUUCUUCUGCUGCUGCUGUUGCUUGCGUCCCGCUGCCUGCUGCUUCUCUUCUCUUCUUCUUCUUCUGUUGCUGCUUCUCUUCUUCUUCUUCUUCUUCUUCUUCCUGCUGCAUGCUUGCUGCGUGCUGCUGACUGCUGACGGCUGCCUGCUUUUUUUCUUCUUCUUCUUCUUUAUAUGUAAGCUUACUGUUUUUUAAUUUAUAAUAUUUAGUUUAAUUAAUGUAAGCUUAUAAAUUAUAACUAAUAACAUAAUAUUUAUUUUUUUCACAGAAAUUUAGCUACUGUUUUUUAAUUUAUAAUAUUAACUUCAAUUAAUGUAAGCUUACAAUUUAUAACUAAUACAUAAUAUGUAUAUUUUUUACAGAAAUUUAGCUACUGUUUUUUAAUUUAUAAUAUUAAAUUUAAUUAAUGUAAGCUUACAAAUUAUAACUAAUACAUAAUAUUUAUUUUUUUUACAGAAAUUUAGCUACUGUUUUUUAAUUUAUAAUAUUUAGUUUAAUUAAUGUAAGUUUAUAAAUUAUAACUAAUACAUAAUAUUUAUUCUUUUUAUUGAAAUUUAGGUACUGUUUUUUAAUUUAUUUGGAAAUGCAUUAUGUAAGUCUUAAAUUAUAAAUAUAUGAUGCAUUGUUUUUUCAGUUAGGAUACGGGAUACCAAGUCUAAAAUCUUAAAUGGAUUCUAGUUCUGGAUGUGAGGCCUCGUCAAAGAAAGAUCCCGCAUGGAAGUAUGCACAUUUGGAGGAUCAAAAAAAUAGAAAUAAUUUGACUUGCAAUUUUUGUGCUAAAGUCACAAGGGGAGGAAUAUUUCGAGCAAAACAACACAUUGUCGGAGGAUUUCGAAAUGUGAAAGAAUGCUCUAAGUGCCCUACUCAUGUACGUGAGGAGAUUAAAGAGUAUAUGUUGAAGAAAGAUAUGGAAAAGGAGGAAAAUGAGUUAUUGCCCGACUUUGAUGAUAUAGAUCAUUACGGUGAAGAUGAAGAAGAUGAAGUUCAAGAAAUUGACAUUCGUGGCAAGAGAGUGUUUACUAGUGAUGGAAGUAAAAGAUCAUACCAAUCCAACUUGAAGAAACCAAAACAGAAGGGGCCUAUAGACUUGUUUUUUACUCCCGAUCCAAAGAAAGCGAUUCAAGCUAGGAAAGAAGGGAAGAUGAAGCAAACAUCAAUAAAUGAAGCGUGCAAAAAAGAACUUAGAAAAAAGGCAAUGGGAGAUUUUGCUAGGUGGAUGUAUGAUGCUGGGAUACCAUUUAAUGCUGUACGUUUGAGCAGCUUUGCAGUGGCACUUGAAUCGAUUGGACAAUAUGGUCCUGGAAUAAAGCCACUUAGCUAUCAUGAAGUGAGAGUUCCUUACCUAAAGGAGGAAGUCAGUCGAAUGAAAGAGUUGUUGAAGGUCCAUAAGGAGGAAUGGACAAAAUAUGGCUGCUCAAUUAUGUCUGAUGGUUGGAGAGAUUCAGUUGCUAAUAAAGACAUAAUCAACUUUUUAGUGAACUCUCCAAGGGGAUCAGUAUUCAUCAAGUCUAUUGAUGCUUCUAAUAUUGUCAAGAAUGCAGAUAGAAUGUAUAGAUUACUUGAUGAGAUGGUCGAAGAAAUUGGAGAAUCAAAUGUGAUUCAAGUGGUAACUGACAAUGCGUCAAACUAUGUUGCAGCAGGGAGAUUGUUGGAAGCAAAGAGGCCACAUUUAUAUUGGACACCGUGUGCUGCUCAUUGCAUUGAUUUAAUUUUGGAGGAUAUUGGGAAGAUGCCUUCAAUUCAUGCAACUUUGAAAAGGGCAAUUUUUUUGAAUGGCUAUAUCUAUAAUCGUGUUGGCGUUGUCAACUUGAUGAGACAAUUCACUGGAGGAAAGGAGUUGCUAAGACCUGCAGUUACAAGAUUUGCAACUGCCUUCAUCACUCUUCGUUCAAUCCAUCUUCAAAAGAAUAACUUGAGGAAGAUGUUUACUUCUGAAGAUUGGAAUACUACUAAAUGGGCAAAGGAGGCGGCUGGCAAAAGAGCAGCUACUAUUGUUUUGAUGCCUACUUUUUGGAGUACCAUCGUUUAUGCUCUUAAGUUAACAGGUCCACUUGUUCGUGUACUCCGUUUGGUUGAUGGGGAAAAGAAGCCUGCAAUGGGAUAUAUUUAUGAAGCAAUGGAUAGGGCUAAGGAAGCCAUAGCUAAGGCUUUUGGUGAGAGAGAGGAUAAAUUCAAGGAGGCAUUUGAAAUUAUUGAUACGAGGUGGGGAUGCCAACUCCAUCAACCGUUGCAUGCAGUUGCACAUUACUUGAAUCCAGAAUUUUUCUAUUCAAACCCCAACAUUUUGCAAGAUGAAGAAAUUAUGUCGGGUUUGUACAAAUGUGUUGGAAGGUUACUGCCAACUAUUGAAAUGCAAGAUAAAGUUUCAAAUGAGUUGGAAAAAUACAAUGCCGCUAGUGGCGUCUUUGGAAUUAGUUUGGCAGUGAGACAAAGGAAGACAAAAGCACCAGCGCAAUGGUGGAUGGCAUAUGGAUCAACAACUCCAAACUUGCAAAAGUUUGCUGUGAAAAUUCUUAACCUCACGUGUAGUGCUACUGGCUGCGAAAGAAAUUGGAGCAUAUUCCAACAUCUUCAUAGCAAAAGGAGAAAUAGGCUAUCCCAGCAACGCUUGAAUGAUUUGGUAUUUGUGAAAUAUAAUCGAACUCUGAGGCGUCGAUACGACAAACGUGACACCAUUGAUCCCAUCCUCCUGAAGGACAUUGAUGAUAGUAAUGAGUGGUUGAUUGGUAGGAUGGAUGGUGAUUCUGAUGAGGAUGAUGAACUUGUGUUUGAAGAUGAUAAUUUGACUUGGGAUUCUGUUGCUAGAGCCGCUGGACUAAAUAACCCCCCGCAUCACACUAGAUCAAGAAUAAGUACAAAUAUGCCAUCAUCGUCUAAAGGAAGAGGAAGAGCUUCAUCUAGUAGUGCAACCACUGCUAGGGGUCGGACCACAAUGUUGGAACUUGUAGAUGAGGAUGAAAUCCAAGUGGAUAAUGCAGAGGAGACGGAAGAGGAAAAAGAUGUUGGAGAAAACAGUUCUAAUGAUGAAGAGGAAGAUGAUGAUAUCUUCACCGACCUAGUUGAUGAUGAGUGAUGAGUGAUGAUUGAGGAGGAUUUUUAGAUUUUAUAUUUUGAAAUCUUUUAUUGUACUCUUUUCUUUUGAUGUUGAACUAUGUUGAAUUGUUGAGGCUUUUGGGCUUUGUCUUGGCAAUUUUAUUAAAUUUCCAAUUUUUUUAUUGAAUGUUUUGACAUUUUAAAUUCUAAUAUGACUA